AUGUUCGCGGUUGCGAUUCCACUCUACCCUACUCUCAGCCGGGGUUGCGGGGCAGUCGACUGGUGGUCAGUAGGAGUUCUGACCUACGAACUCUUAACGGGAGCCUCCCCCUUCACGGUGGAAGGUGAGAAGAACACCCAGCAGGAAAUCACCAAGCGCAUCGUCCGCUGCAGUUACCCCGUCCCCCCCGAUGUCAGUCCCGAAGUACAGGAUUUUAUUAGGAAAUUACUGGUGAAGGAUCCUCGACGCAGGCUUGGUGGUGGCGAGCACGACGCUGAGGAGCUGAAGAGGCAUCCCUUCUUCCAGAACCUGGACUGGGAGGCGGUAGCGCGACGCGAGAUCCCGGCUCCCUUCGUGCCCGUGCUGACUCACGCGGCCGACACCUGCAACUUUGCUGACGAGUUCACCCGAAUGCCCCCCACUGACUCGCCUGCUCAGGCGCCUAAGCAUCACGAUAAACUCUUCCUUGGCUAUUCGUACGUCGCCCCUAGCAUAUUAUUCUCAGAGAACGUCAUAUCAGACCAGAUAUGGAUGCAGGCCACGGGACAGAAACACGACAAACUCAAAGGAUGGGUUGCCAAGGAUUCGCCAUUUUUCCAAAAGUACUCGGUGGAGUUAAGCACUCCGCUACUUGGUGACGGUUCCUACUCCGUUUGCAGGAAGUGCAUCCAUCGGCAGACAGGAAAGGAAUACGCUGUCAAGAUCAUAUCAACGCAGAAGAAAGACAUUAAACAAGAGAUUGAACUGCUGAAGGCGUGUCAAGGAUGUCCCUACAUCAUCACGCUGCAUGAGGUGUUUCAUGAUUCGGCGUUCACGUACAUAGUGACGGAGCUGGCGUGCGGCGGCGAGCUGGCGGCGCGGCUGGCGGGCGGCGCGCUGCCCGAGCGCACGGCGCGCGCCCUGCUAGCACAGCUCGCGCUCGCGCUGCGCCACAUGCACGCGCGGACCGUCGUGCACAGGGACCUCAAGCCUGAGAACAUCCUGCUGUCGUCGCGGUGUUUAGAAGAGGCCAAAGUGAAGGUGGUAGACUUUGGGUUCGCGCGGCGGACCCCCGAGUGCCCCGAGGACCGGCCCCGGAUGAUGACUCCAUGCUUCAGCCUCCCGUACGCGGCGCCGGAGGUAGUGUCCCGCGCGCGGAGUGCGGCGGCCCCCGGCUACGGCCCUCAGUGCGACCUCUGGAGUCUCGGCGUCGUCUAUUACUACAUGCUAUGUGGUAAGGCUCCGUUCCAGCCUAUCUCCAAGAAGGAGCCCAUCACAGCAUUCAUGGACCGGAUUCGGACUGGCAAUUUCACUAUGGACGGUCCAAUCUGGGAGAGUAUAUCAACGGAAAGCAAGCGCAUCGUCCUAGGCUUACUCGCAGUGGACCCGUUGAGGCGUUUCGGGACCGACGAGCUGCUCGCCGCGCUAGGCGUCGCUAUCCCCGAGCCUAGCAGCUUUAAACUCGCGGACAUGACGAAGGCAGACCUCUACAAGCGGAGGUACAAGAAUAAACAUCGGGAGUCGAGUGCCUCCGAGGCGGGGACCUCCCAGUCCGACACUACGGAGCCCGAGGACAAGGAGACCUCGCUCAUCGACACCAUCAACAACCUCAAGAACAGGAUGAACCACAACUCGUUAGAGAACGACGUCGAGCUCAUCAAAGCCAACACCAUAGAGACUCCACUCGCAGAGUCUCCGGAGCCCACGUACACAGACAUUGACGACGAUGUUCCUGCAGUCAAACCAGUAGAGAAAACCUACUCCAAGUCUCGCUCCAAGCUGGACGACUAUAUCUACAUCGAGAGCAGUCAAGGUCUCGACGGCACCGAAGUCGCAUUCCCCAAAACUAGUCGCGUUAAGAAAUCCAAAUCUCCAGUACCGAGGAAACGCAGAAAAAUCGAGCCGAAGCCCAAGAAAGAGAUGGUGAACGGAGACAGGGAGCUGCGCAGCAAGGCGGCGGAGAACGGCACUCGGGGGCGCAACGCUAAGGAGGUGGAGAAACGCGUGCUGAGGAGUAAGAGCGUUACAGAGAAGAACCGAGCCACUAAAGAGUCUAUCGAGAACGAGAAGACUGUCGUGACUCGAGUCACGAGGAAGCGCAAGUACGAGGAGCUCGCCAAGCCCGUGCUGCGCGAGAAGGGACAGAACGGGCGCGCCCCCAGCAAGGCGCGCAGCUCGGGCGGCGCGGAGACGCGCAAGGUGGCGCGCGCCCGCGGCCGGCCGGCGGCCGACGCGGCGGCGGCCGGCGCGCGCAUGACGCGCUCGCGGCGGCGCCGUCUCGAGGUGUCGCUGUCCGCGUCCGAGGUGCCGGCGCUGGCGGCGUCCGUGGACUCGGAGCGCGUCACGUCCGCCGAGAGCGCCAAGUGUCCCGCCGGCCCCAAGCGCCCGGCGCCCGCCAAAGCCAAAGCCAAGCCCAAGGCCGGCAGGGCCAAGCGCGGCCGCGCGCGCCCCGCCCGCAGGUGAAGCCCGACUAUACCUAGUUACGAGUAUGACUAACCUCAGAUUCCAAAUGAGACAGAAUAGUGAUGCAAUAAAAUUAUGGACGCUUUGCUCACGACGGAGGAAACGAUUAUUUAUUCGACGAGAAUGAAAAGCCUCUGUGACUAGUUGUUUUAUUUUGUAUCUUUUUAUUUAAUGUUACUAUUAAUUUUUAAGCUACUUUUUCCCUUAUUCUAUUAUUACCAUUAGAAUUAAUUGUUUCGAGUUGGUUAUUAUGUAUGAAUAAUGAAAAAAUAUUAUUAAUUAAAAAACAUAGGUAAAUUGGUGUGAUCGAGCACUGUUCUGUAGUUGAAUAAAAUUAUUUUGUGAGUUAUUAUAAUUUAUUAUUUAUAGUGCUGCCACUGCUAAAUAAAUUCCCGCAAGUUUGAACAUAAACAUUUCUAAAUCGUUCACAGAUCUCUUCAGUAAUAAACUUAUAUAUAUAAAUGACUUACUUUGUUUGUGUGUGUAUAUUUGUUUGAAUAGGAUAAUAGGUUAAAUUUGUAAAUGUUCCCUUCGAUAUAAUAGGCGUUUGUAUUACAAUACUUCUUUCUUCCACUUUGCAAAAAUGUAAAAAAAAACGAAUAUCAUAUAUUUAUUUAUGGUGAAAGUGCCAAAGCAUGCUUGAGGAUUCUGCUUAGAUAUAUAUGUAUUACACAUUUCGAAAUUAUUUGUAAUUGUUUAUAGUACUUCCUCGAUUGUGUAGGGGUUGUUUUCAAUGUUUCCUACAAUCUCAAAAAAGACAUGUGAAAAGUUAAACAACCCGUAAACGAUUCGUAUUGUAAUUCUUUUCUCGUUUUAAGCGCUUUUACCAAAUAAAAACGUUUAUUGUUUUCGUCCCCUUCCCUGUAAAUACUAUGAGAUAGCAUUUAGUACAAAUUCGGUGGAAGAGUUUAAAAAGUAAUUAUUUAUAAUCAAAUUCGAAGGAAGGGAAAAGUCUCAUUGUCAAAUUUAUCUACAAGUUACUAUCUGUCUCGUGAUACGAAAAGGCACUGAAGUUGAUAAAAAUAUUAAUAUUAGCUGAUUAAGCUUGACUGUAUGUUUUAAACUUUGAAAAUUUUAGUUAAAAAAAUGAAUUGUUGCAUGCUGUUAAACUUUAAUGAAAGUUGUUGAUGAUAAAGUGCGCCAAAUUCAGUUUCAGGACUGAUAUUUAUGUAAUGUUAUAUUUAUGUAAUAUUCUCCGUUCUCCAAAAGGAAACGAGAUCGAGCAUACCGCUCUCUCUUUCAUCCACUAACGUAGCGAAAUUAACCGUCGACUUUGAAAAUGAUUUGCGUGUAAAAUUGACGAAAUAGAUGUAUUAAGGUAGUAUCUAUAUAUCCGCAGAUUUUGUUAUACCUAUAUAUAUUAGCUCAAAUAUAUAUUACGGAAACCCGACUAGAUUUUAUAGCUUAUACAAAUGUUUUAUGCGGGUAAAGCACUUUCAUAGUUGUAUGUACGUAUGUAUAAUGGGUUGCUGCGUCCAUCGUGAGUUAUGUUCAGUCCUAAGAUACCUUUUAGUAUUAGUAUUAUUUGUAGGACACAACGCGCAUGAGAGUGCUUCACUCGACACACAUAUAUUGUUGCUAUUUACAACCCAACGAGCAAUCCAAUGUGUCAGACUACGCGACGACGGUCGGACCGAAAGACCUUGUCUGAUGCAGUCAUUACAACAAUAGCGUUACAACGGACCGUAGUGCCGACGCGUAUUGCGAUACAUCAUUUUGUUUUAGGAAAUUGAAAAUUUCCCCCGAAUGCUUAACUCGAGUAGCCUUUACGUCACAUACGUCGUGAAGUUUGUAAAAGAAAAGUGCACUUAAACUAAAAAUGGAAUGUACCAAAAGAUAUAUAAUUUUAUAAUAAAGUGUUAGGUGUUAUAAAAAGAUGUCGGCGUAAAACAAAUUUUGUAAGAUGUUACAUGGUAGCCGGCUGGAGAUGAGAUGGAUUGUAAUGAAUAUACCAUUUUAACAUUA